AUGUCAUCAUCAACUAUAUAUUCACUUCAUUAUUUCAAUGGUCGUGGUCGAGCUGAAGCAACUCGUCUAAUCUUCGCUCAAGCUGGUCAAAAAUUUGAAGAUCUUCGUCAUACUCAAGAUGAAUGGGCAAAAUUAAAGGGUCAAAUGCCUUUAGGUCAAAUACCUGUAUUAGAAUUCGAUGGUGAAAAAUUACCUCAAUCAUUAGCUAUUGCACGAUAUGCUGCUCGAAAAACUAAACUUGCUGGUAAAGAUGAUCUUGAAUCAGCUAAAUGUGAUGUUAUUGUUGAUACAAUGCAAGAAGUCAAUGAAGCAUAUUAUCACGCAUGGUUUCAUAUUAAAGAUGCACAACAAAAAGAAACUGAACAAACUAAAUUUAAAAGUGAUACAUUACCACAAAAAUUAACUGGCCUUGAAACACUUAUGAAUAAAUUUGGUAAUGGAACAUGGGCUGUUGGUGAUAAUGUCACAUGGGCUGAUUUAUUAGUAUUUGAUUCAAUACAAAAUGUUCUUAAAAUCGAUGAUCAAGCACUUGAAAAACAUGCAACAUUAAAGAAAAAUCAUGAAGCUGUAAAAAAAUUACCAAAUAUUGCCGCAUAUUUAGCUAAUCGAAAAGAAACAGCAUUUUAA